UUCACCACCUCAUCUCCCCUCUUUCUCUCUCCUACCCACCUAUAGAAAGCUCUCCCGGUGCUCACCACCUCAAGUGAGGAGGUGAGGUGGGUGAUCCCCACCCUCCUCCCCUCUCCACUCCUCACCGCCAUGCUCCCGAGAAGGCAGAGCAUCUUCCACCUCGGGGAGGAGGGUGGCGCCGCCGCCGUCCACCACCACCGCGUCGGCAUCGUCGGCGCAGCCAUGGCCGGAGCCAACGCCCGGCGCGCGCGCGAUCGCGAGCGCCUCGUCGUGGGGCUCCAGAUCCUGGUGCACCACCACCACCACAGCCAUGGCCGGCACGCGCACGCGGCGGCGAGCAUCGUACUGAAGCAGAUGGUGAGGCCGCGCGCCGCGGCCGCCUCGCGCCACUCCGGCGUGCCGUGCAGCUUCCUCAAGGCCUGCUCCCUCUGCCGACGGGACCUCAGCCCCAGCAAGGACGUCUACAUGUAUAGGGGAGACCAGGGCUUCUGCAGCGAGGAGUGCCGGUCGGAGCAGAUCAUGGUGGACGAGGCGCGCGAACGCCAGGCGGCGGUGGCGGGGAACAAGGAGCGGCAGCGGCGAGGCCAGGCUCACCACCACAGCCCCCACUGCACGCCCAACCGAGGCCGCCCGCCGCCGAGGAAGCCACUUGCCGUCGUGGCCUAGCUAGGAGAGCUAAAUACAAGGCAACGAAAAGACGAUAGCCAAAGGCAAUCAUGAUGCAGGAUCAGUACAACUAGAACUAUAAUUAGUUAAUUACAAUAAUCUGCUCUUCUUGUCAUCACCGGCCUGAUCGAGGAGGAUGACUAUUGGGGAUGAACUCUACUAGCCUACUACACAUAAUAAUUAUCAAUCAAGGAGCAUGCGUGUGUGUGCAUGCAGCGAAGAACAUAGCAUGGCGAUCGAAGUGGGUUCAACAAAAGGAAGCAAAACUUUAGAGAGAUCGAUUGGGUGUGUGUGUGUUUUUUUUUAAAAAAAUAUGUUUUUGCAUGUUGCAGUCUUGAAAGUAAAGGGUGUAAUUUGCUCCUGUACUCUACUACGACAUCCAAUUGAUUGGAGAGAGGUUAAGUGAAAAACAGGUCAA